AUUGUCUGCCAUUGUAUUAGACGAGCUCUGUUUAUUUUUGAGUUGAACUGUGUAAGUUAGCGGUCUGUAAUAUUGCUUUUGGACGGUGUUGCGUCCUGGGCUGUUAUAAUAUGCAGAAGGAGUGAGAUUUGAAUUGCUGCGGGGUUUUAAAUGGGAAAUCUGGUGGGCAGUCUGAGGUACAGGGAGCCAAGUACAGUAGAGGAAUGUGACUCGACCUGGGAGACAGACUCCGAGAGCGACGAGCUGCAGGAGCAGCAACCCGGAGACCACAUCAACAUCACGGAGCCUAGCAACGAAGCAAAUUCCAAAGAAGCGGAUCAGGAAAGCGCCAACAUACAGAAUAAUGACACACAGGAAUCUGCACCCAAACUGAAGAGGAGCUUUUAUGCAGCCAAAGACUUAUAUAAGUACCGUCAUAGUUACCCUAACUCUAAAGAACACAGACAACCCAGUGAAUACCAAAACCUGAGGUUCUACUUGAAUGCAAUUCCAUUGGUUCCUGAUGGUAUUUAUAUUGAAGAAAUUCUCACUAAGUGGAAAGGAGACUACGAACAACUGGAGCAUAACCACAACUACAUACAAUGGCUGUUUCCAUUACGAGAGCAAGGCUUGAAUUUUUAUGCCCAAGAACUAACUCAAGAUGAGAUUAAGGAAUUUCAAGGCAGUAGGGAAGCCAAACGCAGAUUUCUUCUGGCGUACACAGUGAUGCUGGAUUUCUUUGGAUUAAAGCUGCUUGACAAAAAUGGAAAUGUUGCCCGGGCUGCAAACUGGCAGGAUAGGUUUCAGCACCUGAAUGAAUCUCAACACAAUUAUUUACGAAUCACCCGCAUUUUAAAAAGCCUGGGUGAGCUGGGAUUUGAGAGUUUCAAAGCCCCUCUGGUGAAGCUGUUGCUGGAGGAGGCUUUUGUAGAGGAGACCAUGCCCAAGAUGAAGCACAGUGCCCUGGAGUACUUUGUUUACACCAUACGGAUCAGAAAGGAGAGAAGAGUCCUGCUGCGGUUUGCCCAGCUGCACUACCAACCUCCUGAACAUUUCAUCUGGGGCCCGCCAAAGAAGAGGAAACCCGGUGCCAAACUGUAUUGCACUCAAGAGAAAAAUACAGCCAGUGCUAAACCCACAAGGGAGGCAGUGUCAAAAAACACUGCUUCUCUACAUGCCAGCAGUGACAGUAGCACAGGGAGAACUGAAAAUAAUAGGAGUGACAAAACAGAAAAUGAAAAUCAGGCAAAAACAGCCAGCCCAGCUAGUACAGAUGGGCAAGUCUGCACAACAGAAGAUACAUUUGUUUCAGAGGGGGAGCGGGCUUCAAAGAAUGGGAAAGCAUCUGUUGCAAAUAAACAGAAACAUGCUAAUUUCAAGAAGAAACCAGGAUAGGGGGAAAGGUGGAAAAGCUAAAUCAGAAAUGAAAAAAAAAACCUGUAUAUUGAUUUGAUGUCUGUGUAGUAUUAGUCCUCUCCUGAGCAUCACAGCAAAGAAAGGUUUUUUGUUUUCUGACAAUAGGAUGACUGUAGCAAUACCUGUUCAAUGCCUUGCACCUUUGAAAAUGUGAAGACGGGCAGAAACAGUACCUUGCAGUAGAUCACCUGCAAAGUUUACAAAAAACACAUCACCUUGCCUUUGAUGUGUCUUGUGCUGUCCAAAUCUCAAUGUUGUAUGUUUAAACAUAUUGAUGUGUGAAUAAAAAAAAAAAAAAAUUAAAUCAAAACCAUCUGGAAUAUGUUGAAAAAAAGCAAUUGCUGCCAUAUAGACAACACAGUUUAUGGAAAAGGUCAUGUGUUUCUUGUAAACACUACAGGGCGUUCUGUAACACUUUAAGCUUAGAUACAUGCAGAAGUCAAGCCUUGUUUAUAGAGCUUUGUUCAUCAUGUCUGGUAUGUUGCAUUUUUAAAUGUUACAUUUGCUGUAGUUCUUGGUUGGUUGUUUGUUUACCUUAGUCUAUUUUGUCCUUUAGAAGGACUGUAAAAUAGAAAAACCAAGAGUAACCCUGUUAAAUAGAUGUUGUUGUACAGAAGAGCACAUUUUCUGUGGCUGUCUGUAUAUAGUCUUCCUUAAUGCUGCUUGACAUUUUCGGUCAGUUUGGAUUUUUUCAAGUGUAUCCUUAGAUAUAUGUCAGCUCUAUGUAGAUUUUGCUAUCUUUGCUGCAAAAUAGAUGCUGAUUCUGAAGUAGAAUUUCAGUGUUUUUUACAACAGUGUACCAAAUUUAUGUGUUAUAUACCGUAUAUACCUGUUUUUUUAUAGGAGCAUAUCUUUCAUUUUUUUUAAAUAUGAAGUGCCUCCUUUUUAAGUGUGACAUACACAGCUAAAUUGAGUACAGGGAACAACUUUGAGGAAAUGUUUUCUUAACCUUUUUCCAGGUUAUUGAAUUCAGUAUUUUAUACUUGUGGUUAACUAGAUAUGAACCCAGUAAAACAAAAAUAAUUUGGGGUAGAAAGAACAACAAUUUGUACUGUCAAGUUAUUUGUGAUUAAUUAAAACAUACUCCUUGCUCUUUCUGUCCAUUGUGCAUAUGUGUGUGCUGUUUUUACAUAGGAUAUUUACUUAUGAUACUCCUGCAGUAAAUGUCAAUAAUGUCUUAGCCCUUACUGUUUUCUAAAAGCCUUUAAACCUACAGUAGGUAGUUUUAGUUCAGUGAGCCUCACAGUUAAACUUUCAGAAAAGAAUGACAACCUGUCCCUCUACAAUUAAAUAAUAUUUGACUGUCUGUAUGCAAUGUAUUCAGACGGUGAAAGAGGUAUUUUACUUAAACCAAUGAUCGGUACUGAAUGAAAGAUGCAGUUUUAACUGGUAAAACUGUAUAAGAGCUUUACAGAGCAUAUGCAAAUGUAUUAGGAAGUGUACUUUUUUUCUCUAUUUAAGAUUAUCUCAUGUUCUGAUUACACUUGUGGUUUUCUUGCUUGGUUUAGAAAUAAGAAAGGAUACAGAGUGCUGAGUGGUGGUUUUUUGCACAUAUGAAAGGUGUGAACAGCACAGAUAAUGCAAAACGCAAUCCGUCUGACUUUAAGUGAAAGUGGUGUAAAGUCAGUCAUGGUAAUGGUUUUUGUAGAACAUAGCUUUACACUUUUAAUUAUGGUGCAUCAGUGCUUAAGCCUUUGGAAGAUUUCUAGUCCAUGUAUGUGCCUAAUCUGUGUGUUGUUGGUUUGUUAAACACGUUUACAGAAUGUUGCGCACCUUUUUUGUUUUAGUACUAAUACCAUGUAUGUGUGGUAGUAGUGGUAACCAGUUUCUGGAUUUGUAAGGUACAAUAAUUGUAUUUUAUAACUCUGUAAAUGUAUGGCAGUGUAAUGCCAGUAUUGUAAAAAGAUGGCAAUAGUUUAUUUUAUUGCUAUAUUAAAAAAAAAAAAAAAAAAGCAAAUGGUUAAUUGUGUUUAUACCCCCCCGCC